AUGUCGACAGAAACAAUAUUUCGACAAUUGGGCAGACUUAACGAAUCUUAUACGGGUAUCGGACCCGGUAAGACACGUGAAGAAUACUUGAAAUUAUUUUCCCGAGCAAGCUACUCAACACAGAAUGAAUGGCCUUAUUCCAGUCCAUUUGCUGGCUUCUAUGAUAUAUCAAACACAAGUACAGGUUUAAUUUUACUCAAUCAACGAUAUAAAUUUUCACAUUUACGCGGAAAAAUUUUACCGAAAGAAACAACACGUCCAUCUGAAGAAGAUUAUAAAACAUUUUACGAAGCUAUUCUUGAAUCUGAACAAGAACCAAAAUCAAAACAUUCACAUAAACUUCUAUUACCAAGAAUACCGGUUGAUCCUUAUCGACAUUUCGAAAGUAUGUUUACAGGUCAAAACAAAUAUUGGCAUAAUCGUAUGUGUAAAGGUUCACAUUCAGUUGACAAUACAACAGAUCAACCUAUUAUUGAAACAAAUAUGACGCUACGAUCUCGUCGACCACAAACAGCUAGACCAUUUCAUAAAAAACGAAAUCUUUCAUCAUCACCUCAUCGUCGUUCUCAAUCUGCUUCAGGCACCUAUGAUAAACUGAUUGAUGAAUGUCAAACUGAUCCAACAUUUGCUGAAUCACUUUGGCAAUAUUACCAUUAUGUUGUAGAAAAAUCACAACGACCUAAACUUGGUUUACAACAAUUUCAUAUUAAAGAACCAUCAAAUAAACGUUGGAGACAAAGUGGAAUCUAUCGUAAUCCGGCAUUAACACAUGGUCAAAAAUUAUAUUUAUUAGAAAAAUGUCAUAUUUAUGACAUGGGAGAUACGAAAGCACGUCAUACAAAUGCUUAUGUACAAGUUUUAACUAGACGUUUUAAUGCAGGUUUAAAUGAUCCAAGAGAUUAUUUUACAUAUGCAAAAUUUUUGAAAACUCCACGUCCAACAGCUCGUUCAUUAAAUACAGGUUAUUUUACUUCUAAAAAACCUAAUCAUCCUCGUAUACCCAGUAAUCAUAAAAAACAACAAAUCGAUAUACAUUCAAAUAAUUAUCUUGAUAAAAAAGAUUUUGCUAUUAGAUCAAGUUCAUCAUCGACAAAUAAAAAAUUAUCGAAAGACUAUAGUUCGAAUUCAUCUCGACGUAUUAGUGCAACAUCAUUUUCAACUAAUAAUGAAAAUACUGUUACUGUUCGUCUUCGUCAUGAACCAAAACAAAUACCUAAAAUUCCUGUUGUAUCAUCAGAAUCACAUGAUUAA